UUUUUUUUCUCCCCUAAAAUCCCUCGUUCUUUCUCCGAAUUUCUCGGGACAAAAAGAUCCACAUUCACGGGUAUUCAACCCGCCUUAUCGUCUUCCACUUACAUCAGAGAACCACAUCGAGCACUCUGGUGACGGUUUUCGUGUCUUAUUCGCAGCACUACGUGGAUGCUGUCCCCAGUACAUCUUUUAUCUCGCCGGACUUGCCUUCGUUCAAUUGCCACUACAAUUGAUCAACCUCGGUCCCCGGUUUUUCCCCAGCAACAGACACUCUCCACUCCAUUUUCGUCGUCUUCAAUCUACUCAAAGGCUUUAAAGUCAAGCCCAACUCGGCUCAUUUCUUGUUCAUUUUCACGUCUAUAUACUACAUCAGUGGACAGGCUUGCCAAAAUGAGUUCUCUUACCCCGUACCGGCGCAAACACAAGGUCACGGUGAUCGGCUCAGGAAACUGGUAAGUGCGCUGAGAGACAACGGUACCUAGGAUUAGACAGCGCUGACAUUUGAAAGGGGCACCGCUAUUGCCAAGAUCGUCGCUGAAAAUACCGCUAGCAACCCUGCCAUUUUCGAAAAGGAUGUUCAGAUGUGGGUUUUUGAAGAGAAUGUGGAAGUUCCAAAGACCUCCCCUCACUAUAACCCAUCUUCGCCCUUGUGCCAAGGUCCCCAGAAGUUAACAGAGAUCAUCAACAAGACACAUGAGAACGUCAAAUAUCUACCAGGAAUCAACCUUCCUACUAAUUUGCACGCCAAUCCCUCAUUGGAGGAUUCCGUUAAGGACAGCACUAUCCUUGUUUUCAACUUGCCUCAUCAGUUCAUUAUCAAGACUUGUGAGCAGAUUAAGGGCAAGAUUCUGCCAUAUGCGCGCGGUAUCUCUUGCAUCAAGGGUGUCGAUGUGCGGGAAGAUGGAAUCAGCCUUUUCUCAGAGACCAUUGGCAAGAUUCUCGGGAUCUACUGUGGCGCCCUCUCCGGCGCAAACAUCGCCAGCGAGGUUGCCCAGGAGAAGUGGUCUGAGUCAAGCAUUGCUUACGAUCCUCCCCAUCUAGAUUCGAAAGCUCCCUCGCCCAAUCGCUCGCCCUCCUCAUCGACUCUGGAUGUGGUUCACUUCACACACAAGGACGUUUCGGGACAACUAUCUCAGGUUAAACUGCAGGCGUUGCCCUCCGAGUAUCCUCCCAUUGACCAUGCUGUCCUAAAGACGCUUUUCCACCGUCCCUACUUCCAUAUCAGCGUGGUGAGUGACGUUGCAGGUGUUUCCCUUGGCGGUGCGCUCAAGAAUGUCGUCGCUAUCGCCGCAGGCUGGGUUGAAGGCAUGGGAUGGGGUGACAACGCCAAAGCUGCCGUCAUGCGAGUCGGCCUGUUGGAGAUGGUCAAAUUCGGUGAAAUGUUCUUCGGUGCGACUAUCAACACUCGCACUUUCACCGAGGAGAGUGCCGGUGUUGCCGACUUGAUCACUAGCUGUAGUGGCGGUCGCAACUUCCGUUGCGCCAAGCUGAGCAUUGAAAGAAAGCAGCCGAUCGGAAAGGUCGAAGAGACGGAGCUCAACGGCCAGAAACUCCAGGGCACUUUGACUGCGCUCGAAGUGAACAAAUUCUUGAAGAACCAAGGCGUUGAAGACGAAUACCCCUUGUUGACGGCCGUCUAUAGAAUUCUGGAAGGCACUAUGUCUGUUGAGGAUAUCCCUUCUUAUAUUGAGCGCAAGCCGGAAUCUAUUUCGCAUGAAUCGCAAGGAGUGAAUGGUGGUGGCGCGAGUCAGGCAGUCUUAGCCAAAUUGUGAGGUGGCAGGAUACAACGAUGCCUGCUCCUCAUAUUUCUUUUAUAAUUAUUUACGUCUUGAGACUUGUCGGUAGGUCUUUUCUCAUGUUUUUUGGGUAUGGAUGUUAUAAAUGCACAUAGACUAGUGACUAUAGAGAGCAAUUCCCAGAUUUACGUUAUGCCUUUUUGAAAAAGAAGGAUGAUCUUAUUCUGAUUGUGUGUGUGUGUGUUGGCUAUUCCGGAUUGACUUUUCUUUUGAUACUAAAAUUGGGUUUCUUGGACACGUUACUAGCCCGGAGGUCCAAGGUUACUUCUGCGGUCGAGGCCUUUGCACCGUUCCAUGAUGUCAGACCUCCUGCGGGGUCCAAAAGCGCCCAGGAACAUAAAUGAGAAACCUGAAAAGCUGGCUUUGUUUGUAUUGCCCGUGUUUAAUUUUGGUUUUCUUCCUCCGUCAAAACUUCACUCUUCAUUCUCCUGUACAUUGGCUAGAUCAGCGUAUCUCUAGCGAUCAUCAACAACUCCAUCGGCCGGGCCGAUACUAUCCCCGCCUCCAACCAGGCUCAAGCAUCCAGACCUGCGUCACAGCUUGCCAGCUAGUUUCUGUUUUUCCUUCCUGUUUU